AUGGACGAACCUCCCGAACCAAUUGCAAGUGAUUAUGUGGAACUUGGAACCUUAAUCGUUUUAUUUCUUAUAGGUGGUCCUAUAAAUUUAGUUGCAUAUACUCAGAUCGCUGAACGACCAUCCACUACUCGUUUAGAUAUUUUAAAGAGGCAUCUUAAUUAUUCUGAUCUCUUAGUUUUAUUCGUCUACGUACCAUCUCGAGCUUGUUGGCUUCUCACAUACGACUGGAGAGGCGGCGAUUUUUUAUGCAAACUUAUCAAAUUUUUCCAUACAUUCUCAUUUCAAAUAUCAUCAAAUGUAAUUGUAUGUAUUGCACUCGAUCGUCUUCUUUCAAUUAUUUCACCGAAUCAUCGCUCACCGGAAAAAGCGCAACGCCGUACGAAAAUUAUGUUAAUAACUGCAUGGAUAACAGCGUUUUUCAUUAGUACACCACAAUUCGCUGUAUGGAAAACUUUUUUGGCGUUCGAACACUUAAAUUGGAGCCAAUGUAUGCAGAUAUGGGAAAUAAUUCGAGUUGAACAAUCAUCGUUAAAUAAUACUAUUAUAAAUUCUGGACAAUUAAUGGAUGAAGAAAAUAUUUAUGUUAUAAUUCAUAUGAUGUUAAUAUUUUGGGUUCCUGCAACUAUUGUUUUGGUACCAACAACGCUUUUCUUUGCCUUAUAUUUUUAUAAUUUCUAA